AUGGCGGAAGCGCACUCGGCGGUUGCGUUCUCCUUUGCAAUUACCCACGACGGAUGGGAUGUCAACUUCGACCGGGAGGUGCUUUAUUUGGUGUGGGAGUCGGGGCUCAGGUCGUGGAAAAAACGCUUGGCGCGAUUCCGGAACAGUGUAAGCAAUGGUGUAUACCCGGGACAUCUCCAGUCGCUCUACUUUUUAUGGGCACUCCUCGUGGCCGUACAUUUCGGCGGGUUCAACGUGCCUUUUGGCCUAGUUCAGAAAGCGUUAGCCGUUUUACCAGGGAGUUCCCCGAUGUGGCAAGUAAUCGCUUGCCUAUUGGCUGCUCUGACAAUGUGGUUGUCAGUUAUAUUCCUGAUGCGAUAUCUGCUCAAAGUCUUACUUAUGUACAAGGGCUGGAUGUACGAAUCGAGAGCGCCCGGGGCGAGGAUCUCGUUGAAGACAAUGCUCUGGGUUAGCGUCGUGAAGGUGCUCUCCGGCUGGAACAAACCCCGGCUAUAUAGCUUCCAAGGAUCGCUGCCAAGGCUACCGUUGCCCUCUGUCAAGGAUACAAUGAGAAGGUACCUGAUAAGUGUCCGUCCAUUAUUAGAUGAUGAAAAUUACAAGAGGGUCGAAAAACUUGCGAACGAAUUUGAGAAGACGAUAGCAGUUAAACUACAGAGAUACCUAACUCUGAAGUCAUGGUGGUCUAGCAACUAUGUGUCCGACUGGUGGGAGGAAUACGUUUACCUGCGUGGUCGUUCACCGCUGAUGGUGAAUUCUAAUUUCUACGGGACGGACGCCAUACUGCUGCGGCCAACCACCAGCCAAGCGGCCAGAGCGGGCGCCAUUAUCCACUUCUGCAUGCAGUUCCGCAGGCUCAUCGAGAGGCAGGAACUGGAGCCGAUAAUGCUUCAGAACAUGGUGCCCUUAUGCUCGUGGCAGUAUGAGCGUCUAUUCAACACGGUGCGCGUGCCCGGCGUGGAGACGGACAAAUUGGUCCACUACCAGGACUCCACACAUGUCUCGGUCUACCACAAGGGCCGCUACUUUAAGCUCAUGGUCUACUCAAGAGGCAGGCUGCUUAGGCCAGCUGAGAUACAGGCACAAAUCGAGCAGAUAUUGCGAGACAAGUCAGAGCCGGUGGUCGGCGAGGUGCGUUUGGCGGCAUUGACGGCGGGCGAGCGCUCCCAUUGGGCUCACAUACGCCAGACCUGGUUCAACCGCGGCCACAACCGGACCUCCUUGCACUGUAUCGAACGGGCGGCGUUCAACGUGUGCCUGGAUGACAAAGAUUACGGCUACGAAGAGAAGGACCCGAGUACAUUGGACGAGUACUGUCGCAUACUUUUGCACGGACAAGGGCACGACCGCUGGUUCGAUAAGUCAUUCAACUUGUGCUUCAGCAAAAACGGUUUCGUGGGAUUUAACGCCGAGCAUACUUGGGCCGACGCUCCUGUUAUGGGUCACCUAUGGGAGUAUGUUAUUUGGUCGGAAUUACAAAAUGGCUACACCCCAGAAGGCAAUACUAACGGCAGCGUUGAUACUCCGCCACCUCCGCCUAUCAGACUGCAGUGGGACCUAAACAAAGAGGAGCUGUUGAAAGCUAUCGACGUCUCCUACAACGUUGCCCAGAAUCUGCUCAACGACGUCGACCUACGGAUACUUAUGUACACGCAGUAUGGCAAAGGUUUCAUGAAAAGCUGCCGCGUGUCCCCAGACGCAUUUAUUCAACUCCUGCUGCAACUGUCAUACUACAGGGACGCUGGCCGCUUCUGCCUAACUUACGAGGCCUCUAUGACCCGACUCUUCCGUGAAGGUCGCACUGAAACAGUUCGCUCGUGUACCGUCGAGAGCACGGAUUGGGUCAGGUCAAUGGAAGAUCCCAAUGCUACGUUACAAGAACGCAUGGAGUUAUUUUUAAAAGCCAGCCGCCGGCACCAGCUCGGCUACCAAGACGCCAUGGCAGGAAGGGGCAUUGACCGCCAUCUUUUCUGCCUCUAUGUAGUAUCAAAGUACUUAGAAUUGGACUCGCCCUUCCUGCAGGAGGUAUUCAACGAACCAUGGCGACUUUCCACUAGUCAAACACCUCACGGUCAAACCAACAUGUUGGACAUGAAGAAAUAUCCAAAGUGUGUUAGCGCCGGUGGUGGCUUCGGCCCUGUAGCAGACGAUGGCUAUGGUGUGUCCUAUAUUAUCGUCGGUGAAGACACCAUAUUCUUUCAUGUCUCAAGCAAGAAAAGUUGUCCCAUAACGAGCUCCAGCAACUUUUUGAAACAAAUUGAAAGAUCGUUAAAUGACAUCAGAGAACUCUUCACGAAUUAUAACAAACUGAAAAGUGUAAAGAAUAGCAAA